AUUAAUCAUAACAAAUCAAAACCUCUUCCUCAUUUUUAAAUAUUGUAAUGAGUCUAAUUUGAAUGCUUCUACAUAUUACAUUAGAAUUUAGGAUAACGAGUCAGCACGAAAUAAACAAUUCUCCUAAUUUCUCCUGAAAAAUGUCUGAUCUUAACCCAUUCACUGCACUGGUAAAUGAAGGAGAAACAUCUAAACCUUUAUCAGAUAAUAGAAAGAAUACAGUAGAGGAAGAGUCUCUGAUUUCACUUCUCGAACGAAUAUUUGCUUUUAGUCUAAAUGAGGAAGUUGCCAAAAAAAAGGGUUACAGGUAUCUUGGGGACCUUUUCUCCACCUGUGAAAAAAAAUUGGAAUUAGACAGUGAAAGUCUAUCAUACUACCUGUGCGAAAGAUUAUUAAGCACUUCUAAUAAUAUUAAUGAUUCCUCAAGUGAAAAUGAAGGGUUUUUGAAUCAUUCAAGGGAAAACCAAACAAUCAAAUAUCUCUAUGAAUGCUAUAAAGUAUAUGUGGAGGAAGAUUUAGAUAGGAGAGAUGGUUACCACAUUAUAAAGGAGGAAAUAUUGAAAAAUGCUGCUACUGCUUUCAUUUACCCAGAGAUUUAUGCCGACCAAGAUUUAUUUAGGCAGUUGAUUGAUAUUUUGAUGUAUGAUGAUUUAUAUAUAGAUUUCUUCAAAGGUCUCUGUCAAGCUGUUGAUAUGAAUGAAGAAAAUGAUGGUUCGUCAUUAAAGGUGUUUUAUGAAAAAAUCAUUAACCUUCUUACUUCCGAUAUAACGGGACAACCUUUGUCAACAUUCGAUAUGAGAAUCUUUGACAUACUCAAAAUUCUUACAAUGCAAGAAAAUUAUGCAAUUAAAUUCAUGGAAUGUCAAGAACCUAAAAACCCUUCAUCUGGUGUAAGUUAUGCAACUACUGCAUUGGGUGCUUUGCUCAAUAUAAGUAUACUGCCCAAAACUCCAGGAUCGGAGUAUGAACAUUUUGGAAAUGUAAUGUCACAUAGUGCUUUAGAUAAUACAGAAAAUAUAGUAUGGAAUAAAGUUAAAAUGAUUACUGAUCAAUUGCAUCUCUUUUUUUUAUCAUUACUGAAGUUGAGUCCAUUAGUCAAUAAUAUGGUUUUGAACUGGUUGAGUCAAUGUAUAGCAAAAAACUCCGACCGAGAAAAGUUAUGGAACACCCAAAUAUCGAUUGAUCUUAACUUAGCAAAUAACACAUGUGUCUCAGAUGGUUUCAUGCUUCAAUUGGAAACUGUUUUGUUGAAAUUGAGUGAACCUUUCUGUAACAAGAAAAAAAUCCUCAAAGUAGAUCCAACCUAUUGUGCAGUACCAAAUGAUCUGCUUCAAGAGAAAAAGAUCCAUCUAUUGAAUAUGUCCGGGCAGACCUGUUUAUUGCCAGUGGAACAAGAAGACUCUUCAGAACAAAGACCAAUGGCAAAUUCUUUCUCUUUCAUUUCAGAAUGCUUCUAUUUCACACACACAGUAAUUCAUUUAGGAUUUGUGGUUGCUGUGGAGAGAACAAUUAAAAUGAAUCAGGAAUUCGCCAGGUUAGAAAGACUUUUUGAAGCUUCAAGAAGUGGAUCCAGAAGUAUCGGAAAUCCUGACAUAAUAAGGGAAAAAUUAAGAACUGAGAUGACAAAAUUUUUGUCAUAUAAGGCACAACUUACUGAACCCAACAUGUUAGCGUCAAUGUUUAACUUCAUGAGUCACACAUGUUAUUGGCUUUGCCAAGUUGCAGUGAAGCAGGAAUCAACUGAUAAAAGUAAUUAUGCUCCUAGUGAAGAAUCAGAAAUUUCCUUUCCGAUUUCGAAUCAUAUUCCGAGUACAUUGAAGUGUAUUCCUGAAUUCGUCGUCAACAAUAUAAUAUGUUUUGUCAAUUUCAUAAAAAGGUUUAAUGUUAGCGUUUUUGAAGAACAAGGCCACCAGAAAUUGGAACCGAUAUUGACUUUCAUAUUGAUGUUUAUGGGAAAUCAUGGGUACAUGAAGAACCCCCAUUUGAGAGCAGAAUUAGCAGAAGCUCUAGAAGCUCUAUUACCUCUAUACGGAGAAGUAAUAUCAAGACCAAGAACCAUAGAAAGCUUUCAGAGAAAGAGAUUAUUCGCUGAGUAUAAGUUUAAGCAACAAGUGGUGAGGAGUUUGUUAGAAGUUUUUGUAGGUAUUGAGAUGACUGGCCAAAGUGUAGAGUUUGAACAGAAAUUCAACUAUAGAAGACCAAUGUAUAAGAUAAUGGAGUAUCUAUGGGAAACUGAAGAAUAUCAGAACCACUUCAGGAAAUUAGCAGAAGAAGCAGAGGAAAAUAUGGAAGCAGUACUACCUCCAAUAUUCCUUAGAUUCAUAAAUCUCCUUAUCAACGAUGCUGUAUUCUUAUUAGAUGAGUCACUAACCAAUAUGUCAAACUUAAGAGAGUUACAAGCUGCAAGAGAGGAAGGAGAAUCAUCCCUUCCGCCACACGAAAUUGCCCAAAUUUUAGGUUCAAUUAGGCAGAUAGGAAUGAUAGCACGAUUUGAUAACAUCCUAGGCAAAGAUACAAUCACAGCUUUAGAAAAUCUAACAUCUAAAAUUACUAUAGUCUUCACACAUUCCACAAUGGUUGAUAGAAUGGCAUCCAUGCUCAAUUAUUUUCUAUUCAAUUUAGUCGGACCAAAGAAGAAAAAUUUCAAGGUUAAAAAUCCAAAAGAAUACAACUUUGAACCUGCCGAAACUGUACUGAAAAUUUGUAAGAUCUACAUCAACCUCAAAGAUUCCGACGCUUUCUGUCUGGCUAUCUCCCAAGAUGGUCGCUCAUAUAGCCCACAACUAUUCUCAUUAGCUGAAGAUGUUCUAGUCAGAAUAGGAGGAACAUCUUAUAUUGAUGAAAUCAGGGAUUUGGCUGAAAAGGUUUCAAGAAAAGCUGAAGAAUACCAAGCAAGUGAGGAGACUACAAUAGGGGCUCCUGAUCACUUCUUAGAUCCAAUUAUGUCAACAUUGAUGACUGAUCCAGUAAUACUGCCUAGUUCGAAACAAGUGGUGGAUAGAACAACUAUAGCAAGGCAUUUAUUAAGUGAUCAGACGGAUCCCUUCAACAGAUCCCCACUUUCCAUGGAUCAGGUCAUUCCAGAUACUGAAUUAGCCAAAGAAAUAAGAGAAUGGGUUAAGGGGAGACAAAAUGCUAGAUGAUUUGAUAAUUAACUAUUCAUUCCAUUUGUUUUACAUUGUUUUAAUUCUAUUGAAAUUUUAUUUGUUGUACGAUUUGUUCAUAAUAAAUUGAAGAUAUCUAGGAA